AUGUUUCUGACGACGGUACGAAAUGGAUUCAAAGGUCCACCAUUUAUCUACCAGCAAAAGCAAAAGUGGCCUAAAAUUCCAUCGACUCUAGGGGCUACCGUAGAAGAACUACGACCGAGAUUGAUGCUGCACUACGCUACCUGCCAGCCGAUCGUUGAAGUUGAAAACUUCUCCAAAUGGGUCAAACUGUACCGAUUGACUGCAAUGUUCUUGAGGGCCGUUAAAAAGUUCAUCGUUUUCUUGAAGAUCAAAAGAGAGUCGCAGAGACCAUGCAUUUUAUUACCACUAAGUCAAGAUGAGCUUAUUGCAGCACAAAACCUUUUGUAUCGUCAAGUUCAAAGCUAUGCCUACCCCGAAGAAUAUUCCCUUCUACAGAAACCAUCGAAUACUUCCUUACCUAAACGCAGUUCACUUUUUCGCGUAUCACCGUUUCUAGACGAACAUCAAGUUAUGCGCAUUCAUAAUCGCGCUAAAAAUUGCCAAUUUACUGACCUAGAAUCUAAAAACCCAAUAGUUUUGCCACCCACGCACCAUCUUACCAAACUAAUCGCACAACAUUACCAUCGAAAUCUGCUACAUCGCAAUCAUGAAACCGCAAUCAACCGUCUACGUUUACGUUAUUAUAUCCCAAAAUUAAGAGCUUUCUUCCGUAGAAUGAGAGGAGAUUGCCAACAAUGUAAAAACGCAAACGCUAAACCACAACCACCAGCAAUGGCCGAUCUUCCUGCUUCGAGGUUGGCUGCAUUUUGUCGACCUUUCACGUACGUGGGUGUGGACUAUUUCGGUCCGAUACCAGUUUCUGUAGGUCGUCGGUCAGAGAAAAGAUGGGGCGUCUUAGUCACCUGUCUAACAACCCGAGCAAUCUACAUCGAGCUGGCGCAUUCCCUUACAACAGAUUCCUGUAUAAUGGCCCUAAGAGUGUUCAUGGUUCGACGAGGUGUUCCUGCAGCCAUUUACAGUGAUCGUGGAACGAAUUUUAUAGGAGCUUCGAAAGAAUUGUCCAUAGAACUGGAUAAGAUGAAUCAAAACAAAUUGAUAGCAGCAAUCGUAUCUCCAGAUACCAGAUGGGAGUUCAAUCCGCCAGCUUCUCCGCACAUGGGCGGUUCGUGGGAGAGGCUCAUACAAAGUGUAAAAAAGAACCUGCAAAACAUGACGUUGACUAGACUGCCAUCUGAUGAAGUACUCCGGUGCGCAUUGACCGAAAUUGAAGGGACAGUCAACUCCAGGCCUCUCACCUUUGUUGCAUUGGACGACGAGGAUUCACCUGUUCUAACGCCGAAUCAUUUCAUCCUGGGAUCGUCGGAUGGCCUGAAACCGUUGGCUCUCUUUGACGAUAGUUCUAAAGCGUUGAAGAAAUCCUGGCACACCUCUCAGUUGAUCGCGAAUAUUUUCUGGAGACAUUGGCUCAACGACUAUCUUCCGUGUCUUACACGGCGGUCCAAGUGGUUCAAUCUAGCUCGUCCGAUUUCCGUAGGAGAUGUCGUCGUGAUUGCUGAUCCCAACUCACCCCGGAAUACGUGGCCUAAGGGCAGAGUCAUCGGGACAAGCCAUGCCAAAGAUGGACAAGUGAGAUGGGCGGUCGUCCAGACGGCGCAUGGUAUUUAUGAGCGCCCUGCAGUUAAGAUCGCGGUUCUCGACGUUGGCGUUCAACCUAUUGCGUCCCAGGAGGAAUGUGGCCGCACUACCGGGGGGACUGUUAUCGGCGCCGUGUCGAAUCCCUCGAUCAGAAACGUCCGAUCGUAA